AUGAUAUUUCUCUGCCUCAGCGUCACCGCCACCUUACCACCACCGGAGCCAGAUGGGGAGGAGAUGGGCAGCAUGUCCUGUGGGCGUGCGGACACGAUGAGCUUGUACAGCCGCCAGAAGCACACCGCGAGGACGGCCACUACGCCGAACGACACGAGCACCGCUUGUACGUCGUCACCAAUUUUUGCAAAAAAGUGCCUACGGUUUUCGAUAUUCAACCCGCGCUCCUUUUUAAGUGGAAAAACAUUUGGUCCGGCCCGCCCAGCCCGAGUGCCGCUCCCAUAUGCCGCCACCACCAGCGCCCGCAGAGCGCCCGACCCCAAGCUCCUCCUCCCGUGCGCCUCCUACCCGGCCUUUCUCGCGAAUCAUCCGGCGACCGGCGCCACCGCUAGCGACUCCCAGGUCACGCCGCCGCUCCCCUGCCUUCUCUCUCUCUCAUCUCCUUUUCUAUCCUUCUCUCCAGGAGAUCAGCGCCAAUGCCUAGUCCUCGAGCUCACCUUGGAGGUUCGAACGCCGCCACGGGACCUCCACUGGACAGAUCCGGCAGCUCCCUCCCGGAUCUGCGUGCCCUCCACCUCCUCUACCCGAUCCGGCGCCGCCCAACCCGCCAUGACCUCCACCAUGGUGCCCGCCGAGAUCCUGUUCUCCGUCGACGCACCGUCGUCGCAUGAGGACUUGGAUGCCUGGCUCGCUGACAACCUCCCCCAAAUCCUACAGGAGGUUCAGGUGAAUUUGGGCUUGCCGAAAUAUAGGAGUGUGCUACGUGCCGCAGCAGGUUUGGAUGCGGCAAUAAAGACCAUGGCUCGGCUUGGGGAGCAUCAAGCAUCGACUUAUGUGAAGAGGCCAAGGUUGGGACUUUUGCUCUGGGUAGACAAUUAAAGCAGGGGUCAUGGCUACCAUAUCCAACCUAUAUUGUACAAGAAACUUAUCAUGUUGAAGUGUUGAUACUGUCAAGGAUAGUAUUGUUGCCAUGCAAACUCAAAAUAUUUUCCAGUGCAUGUAGUUGGCCUCCUUUCUAUGUAUUUCUGAAACUGCAACUUUUUUUCUUACUUUUAAAUCAAGAAUUGGUGUAUAACAAAAAGUGCUUUCAUUAUUUUUCCAAGGAAAAUUGUAAUUGAUAUUUUUAGAAAGGAAGCAUGAAGAAGUUGAGAACAA